UCAAACGCGACUGGAGGAGCUCUUCUAACCGACGGGAGUCUGUGGAGAAGAGGCUCGCUCCGUGGUGGUCUCGAGGGUCCGCCGGUUUAGUCGCUUGCAGGGUUCUCGAGCUCCUUCACGACCGUCACCAUGGAGGUGUCACCACUGCAGCCGGUAAAUGAAAACAUGCAAAUCAGCAAAACAAAGAAAAAUGAAGAUGCUAAGAAAAGACUGUCUAUUGAAAGGAUCUAUCAAAAGAAAACCCAACUGGAACAUAUUUUGCUCCGCCCGGACACCUACAUUGGCUCUGUGGAAUUAGUGACCCAGCAAAUGUGGGUUUACGAUGAAGAUGUUGGCAUGAACUAUAGAGAAGUCACCUUUGUCCCUGGGUUGUACAAAAUCUUUGAUGAGAUUCUGGUCAAUGCUGCAGACAACAAACAAAGGGACCCAAAAAUGUCUUGUAUUAGAGUCACAAUUGACCCGGAAAACAAUUUAAUUAGUAUAUGGAAUAAUGGGAAAGGUAUUCCUGUUGUUGAACACAAAGUUGAGAAGAUGUAUGUCCCAGCACUCAUCUUUGGACAGCUCCUAACUUCUAGUAACUAUGAUGAUGAUGAAAAGAAAGUAACAGGUGGUCGAAAUGGCUAUGGGGCCAAAUUGUGUAACAUAUUCAGUACCAAGUUUACUGUGGAAACAGCCAGUAGAGAAUACAAGAAAAUGUUCAAACAGACGUGGAUGGAUAACAUGGGAAGGGCUGGUGAGAUGGAACUCAGGCCAUUUAAUGGGGAAGAUUAUACAUGUAUUACCUUCCAGCCUGACUUGUCCAAGUUUAAAAUGCAAAGCCUAGAUAAAGACAUUGUUGCACUGAUGGUUAGAAGAGCAUACGAUAUUGCUGGAUCCACUAAAGAUGUCAAAGUCUUUCUCAAUGGAAAUAAACUACCGGUAAAAGGAUUCCGUAGCUACGUAGAUAUGUAUCUGAAGGAUAAGGUAGAUGAAACUGGCAAUCCAUUGAAAAUUAUCCAUGAACAAGUAAACCCCAGGUGGGAAAUAUGUUUAACAAUGAGUGAAAAAGGCUUUCAGCAAAUUAGCUUCGUCAACAGCAUUGCUACCUCCAAGGGUGGCAGACAUGUUGAUUAUAUAGCUGAUCAGAUUGUGAGUAAACUUGUUGAUGUUGUGAAGAAGAAGAACAAGGGUGGUGUUGCAGUAAAAGCACAUCAGGUGAAAAAUCACAUGUGGAUUUUUGUGAAUGCCUUGAUUGAAAACCCAACCUUUGACUCUCAGACAAAAGAAAACAUGACUUUACAAGUCAAGAGCUUUGGAUCGACAUGCCAAUUAAGUGAAAAAUUCAUCAAAGCUGCAACUGGCUGUGGUAUUGUGGAAAGCAUUCUAAACUGGGUAAAGUUUAAGGCCCAAAUCCAAUUAAACAAGAAGUGUUCAGCUGUAAAGCAUAACAGAAUCAAGGGAAUUCCCAAACUUGAUGAUGCCAAUGACGCAGGGGGUCGAAACUCCAAUGAGUGUACACUUAUCCUGACUGAGGGAGACUCGGCUAAAACUUUGGCUGUUUCAGGCCUUGGUGUGGUUGGGAGAGACAAAUAUGGAGUUUUCCCACUUAGAGGAAAAAUACUCAAUGUUCGAGAAGCUUCUCAUAAACAGAUCAUGGAAAAUGCUGAAAUUAAUAAUAUCAUCAAGAUCGUGGGUCUUCAGUACAAGAAAAACUAUGAAGAUGAAGAUUCAUUGAAGACUCUUCGUUAUGGGAAGAUAAUGAUUAUGACAGAUCAGGACCAAGAUGGUUCCCAUAUCAAAGGCUUGCUGAUUAAUUUUAUCCAUCAUAACUGGCCCUCUCUUCUACGGCAUCGUUUUCUGGAGGAAUUUAUCACUCCGAUUGUAAAGGUGUCUAAAAACAAACAAGAAAUGGCAUUCUAUAGCCUUCCUGAAUUUGAAGAAUGGAAGAGUUCUACUCCAAAUCAUAAAAAAUGGAAAGUCAAGUACUACAAAGGUUUGGGUACCAGCACAUCAAAAGAAGCUAAAGAAUACUUUGCAGAUAUGAAAAGACAUCGUAUUCAGUUCAAAUACUCUGGUCCUGAAGAUGAUGCUGCCAUCAGCUUGGCCUUUAGCAAGAAACAGAUAGAUGAUCGAAAGGAAUGGUUAACUCAUUUCAUGGAAGAUAGAAGACAACGGAAGUUACUUGGCCUUCCUGAGGACUACUUGUAUGGGCAAACUACCACAUAUCUGACAUACAAUGACUUUAUAAAUAAGGAACUUAUCCUGUUCUCAAAUUCUGAUAACGAGAGAUCUAUCCCAUCUAUGGUGGAUGGCUUGAAACCAGGUCAAAGAAAGGUUUUGUUUACCUGUUUCAAACGGAAUGACAAGCGAGAGGUGAAGGUUGCCCAGUUGGCUGGGUCAGUGGCUGAGAUGUCCUCUUAUCAUCAUGGUGAGAUGUCACUAAUGAUGACCAUUAUAAAUUUGGCUCAGAAUUUUGUGGGUAGCAAUAAUCUGAACCUCUUGCAGCCCAUUGGUCAGUUUGGUACUAGGCUGCACGGUGGCAAGGAUUCUGCUAGUCCUCGAUACAUCUUCACAAUGCUCAGCCCUUUGGCUCGGUUAUUGUUUCCACCAAAAGAUGAUCAGACUUUAAAGUUUCUAUAUGAUGACAAUCAACGUGUUGAACCUGAAUGGUACAUUCCCAUUAUACCCAUGGUGCUGAUAAAUGGUGCUGAAGGAAUUGGUACUGGGUGGUCCUGCAAAAUCCCCAACUUUGAUAUUCGUGAAGUUGUAAAUAAUAUCAGGCGUUUGAUGGAUGGAGAAGAACCUUUGCCAAUGCUUCCAAGUUACAAGAACUUCAGGGGUACUAUUGAAGAGCUGGCUCCAAAUCAGUAUGUGAUUAGUGGUGAAGUGGCUAUACUUAAUUCCACAACCAUUGAAAUCUCAGAGCUUCCUGUCAGAACAUGGACCCAGACAUAUAAAGAACAGGUUCUAGAACCCAUGUUGAAUGGCACUGAGAAGACACCACCUCUCAUAACAGAUUAUAGGGAGUACCAUACAGACACCACUGUGAAGUUUGUUGUGAAGAUGACUGAAGAGAAACUGGCAGAGGCAGAGAGAGUGGGGCUACACAAAGUCUUCAAACUCCAAACUAGUCUCACAUGCAACUCCAUGGUGCUUUUUGACCAUGUAGGUUGUUUAAAGAAAUAUGACACAGUGUUGGAUAUUCUAAGAGACUUCUUUGAACUAAGGCUUAAAUAUUAUGGAUUAAGAAAAGAAUGGCUUCUAGGAAUGCUUGGCGCUGAAUCUGCUAAACUGAACAAUCAGGCUCGCUUUAUCUUAGAGAAAAUAGAUGGCAAAAUAAUUAUUGAAAAUAAGCCUAAGAAAGAAUUAAUUAAAGUUCUGAUUCAGAGGGGAUAUGAUUCGGAUCCUGUGAAGGCUUGGAAAGAAGCUCAGCAAAAGGUACCAGAUGAAGAAGAGAAUGAAGAGAGUGACAAUGAAAAUGAAGCUGAAAAGAGUGACUCUGUAAGAGAUUCUGGACCAACCUUUAACUACCUUCUUGAUAUGCCUCUUUGGUAUCUCACCAAGGAGAAGAAGGAUGAACUGUGCAAGCUGAGAAAUGAAAAAGAGCAAGAACUAGAAACAUUAAAGAAAAAGAGUCCAACAGAUUUGUGGAAAGAAGACUUGGCUACUUUCGUUGAAGAGCUGGAGGCUGUUGAAACAAAGGAAAAACAAGAAGAACAGAUAGGACUUUCAGGGAAAGGAGGGAAAGGAAAGGGGAAAAAAACACAAAUGGCUGAAGUUUUGCCUUCUCCUUGCGGGAAAAGAGUCAUCCCCCGAGUGACCAUAGAGAUGAAAGCAGAGGCAGAAAAGAAAAUUAAAAAGAAAAUUAAGAAUGAAAACACUGAAGGGAGCCCUCAAGAAGAGAGUAUCGAAAUAGAAGGUCUGAAACAAAGGUUGGAGAAGAAACAGAAAAGAGAACCAGUCACACAGAUAGAGAGAGAAGCAGAGACACAGGCAGAGGGAGAAGCAGGCUCCAUGCACCAGGAGCCCGACGUGGGAUUCGAUCCUGGGUCUCCAGGAUCACGCCCUGGGCCAAAGGCAGGCGCUAAACCCCUGCGCCACCCAGGUACCAAGACAAAGAAGCAAACUACAUUGCCGUUUAAACCCGUCAAAAAAGGAAAGAAGAGAAACCCCUGGUCUGAUUCAGAAUCAGAUACGAGCAGUAAUGAAAGUAACUUUGAUGUCCCUCCACGAGAGGUAGAGCCACGGAGAGCAGCAACAAAAACCAAAUUCACAGUGGAUUUGGAUUUAGACGACAGUUUCUCAGAUUUUGAAGAAAGAAUUCAAGAUGAGGAUUCUGUUCCAUCAGAUGUCAGCCCACAUAAGACCAAAGCUUCCCCAAAACGUACUGCCAAAGAACUGAAGCCACAGAAAAGUGCCCCCUCAGUAAUGGACCUUGAUGCUGAUGAUGCCAAGGACAGUGUACCACUUUCUCCAGGUUCUACUGCUGAUUUCUCGGCUGAAACUGAAAUUGUAAACCCCCUUCCUAAAAAGAAGGUGGCCGUGAAGAAGAUAGCACCAAAAAGUCAGUCUUCCUCCUCCACUACAGGUGAAAAAAAAAGGGCUGCACCAAAAGGAACCCAAAAGGAUCCAGACUUAAAUUCUGAUGUCUCUCAAAAGCCUGAUCCCCCAAAAACCAAAAAUCGCCGCAAAAGGAAGCCAUCCACUUCUGAUGAUUCUGACUCUAAUUUUGAGAAGAUGAUUUCUAAAGCAGCCACAAACAAGAAAUCCAAGGGGGAGAGUGAAGACUUCCAUCUGGACCUAGACUCAGCUGUGGCUCCUCGGGCCAAAUCUGGACGUGCAAGGAAACCUAUAAAGUACCUCGAAGAAUCAGAUGAAGAUGAUCUGUUCUAAAAUGUGAUUAUUUUAAGUAACGGUCUUGUUGAGCCCAAGACAGGUUUUAGAAUUAACCUGAAUCCUUUCAUUUCUUCCCCUCUGAAUUUUGUUUGGGGGAGAUAGUUUUAAUCCAGAACCAUCAAAGUGAAGUGUGUAGAGUACAAGUAUCUAUUACCCUUUUAUAAUACUGUCCGAAUAAUGGCCACCUCCUGGGCAUUGUUUUCUUCUCUGCUUUGUCUUUGUUUGGAGUGUCUCUUGUCUUUAGAAUCUGAUUUUAAGUUCUUCUGGACUUUGGAGAUGGUUGUAUGGUCACUUCGUCAUAAUAUAGCUUAUUGACUACUCAUUAAGCUAAAAUUGUAAAAGUGUCUAGUCUACCUCUUUUCCUACUUUCAGUAAAUAUGAGAUACCACAUGAUUAAUUCUGUUUUACCUUAGUUUUAUAGGUAAUUUUCCAUCAGAUAGAAUUUUAUAGUUCUAGUACAAAUACUCCCCGCUCAGCCUUUCAUGUGCGGAAUUUCUCCUCAAGCAUUGAGAAAUUUAUCCAUUUGAAUGUUAGCAGAGGCUGAAGAGAAACAGCCUGGCUAUGUCUGUAUAGCCUCAACACAGUCAAUAGGGUGAAAAAAAUUAGGCCAUAAGUUAUGUGACUAUCUCAAUUCUUGACUUGUCACCUCGAGCUGUCUCCCAAGUUUGAAUCUCCCAAACAACAAAUAUCUAGGGAGCACUGGAUUGCAGAAAAGUGGGGGGACAGAGAGAUCUUAUACCAAUGCCAUCAAUACUCAGCAGUGAGCGGUUAUAUCCAUUUUGGAGAAUCUCCAUAAUUUGCAACUUAGAAGUUUUUUUAAGGCAUUUCUGUGUGUGACUUGAUUGGUGUUAUCAAUGUUUUUGUAAAUAUUUACUAUGUUUUUCUAUUUCACUUAAUUCUAACAGUAUUUUACUUUAAUAAAAUGUUCUAAACA